ACAUUAAGAGAAUCAUCGCAGUCAUCCCAAGUCAAGACUAAUCUCGAUAAAAAAUAUUGACAAGAAUCGGAGCGAUUACCAUACAGUUUAUACAACGAUGUCAGACAGUGCGCCCCCAUACGAGGAGCUGGAUUCAGAUCAGCAUGGCAAACGGCUCCCUUCCAACCCAUUUAAUGGGUACUCUGAGGUUCCUCAAUCCGAUUAUCAUGAGCAAAGCGACGGAGAACACCAACACCAACACCAGCAUCAGGAUUCAUAUCUCGACCCGGAAUCGGAUUCUGUGCCUCUUACCCCGAAGACUACACAGCCACAUUUCCACUGUGAUGCCUGCGACCGGCUCCUGGAACGGCAACAGAAGCGGCGUUUUGAACACUACAUUUGUACCAUGGUGUCGGUGACAUUCAUGGUCGCAUUUGUAUGUUUAACCGUAGUAGGGAUUGUCUUGGUUCAUGGACGAAAGCACUAGACUUGGAGGUAUCUCUGUCUGGCUGGAAACUGCGACUUUUACACAUACUGCGCGGCCACAGCACUUGUUUUUGCACUGCCUUAUCCCCAUGUUCCUGCCAUUUGCACACUGACUGGCUUUUUGUGAUAUAUGGUGGGAAUUUACUUGUAUAUAUGAUUUGAAUGUAUGGGGACAACAAGCCCUGAUUUACA